AUGAAGGAAUUGCACGCACAAUAUAAUGAAGAUGUACUGACGAAUGAUAUCUGUGUUCUGUCGAACAAAAAUCAGUUAUCGAAGGUACUACUGUCCACAGGUCAACAGCUACAGCCGUCUAACGUGUCCCGGGAGCGACUGCCGCGGGGCACCUUCUGCGCUAGUUCAAUAGACGGCUCGGCUCCUCCUGCGGUAGUGCAAGCUGACAUGGAAGGGUACAUCGUCGGAGGGGACUUCGCUCCGAUAUAUAAUUUUCCACAUUCAGUGUACCUGUCCAUAUCUUGUGCUCGUCAAAAUUCGAUCGAUGAAUUCAUUUGCGCAGGCUCCGUGCUCAAUCAGUACUUCGUCCUCACCGCCGGUCACUGUUUAGAAGACUGCGGCAAAAACAGCAAGGUCGUCGUUUCGAUCGGGAACGAACACAUAGACAGGGGAGUGCUGUCAACGGCAGCCUCCUGUAAGAUACACGAACGUUACGACGGUUUCACGAUGGUAAACGACAUAGCGCUCGUGAGGCUGAAAACGCCCAUCAAGUUCAACAAAAAUGUUAAAAGAGUAGCCAUUAGUAGAAACCCGCCAUAUAAUGAACCCGCUUACGUAGCCGGGUGGGGGGUCGUCGACGACAAUAAACACAUCGGCACGAAGCGGUUGAAGUACGUCCAACAAUCGUUGUGGUCUCGCGACGAGUGCGCCAAGAUGUUGAGACAUGUGCCCGUGGGGACCAUCUGCGGUGGAUUGAGGAACGCACAAACUAACUUUGCUGCUUCGUGAGUUGACUUUACAUAUAGAUAUCAAGCUAUUAAUGUCCUUAUUCCAAAGACACAGCAUCAAAUAGAGAGAACGGCUCAGUGCGGGUUGGUGAGUGUUAGCGGUGGCGGAUGCAGCCGGGCUUUAAUGUAAGAUACCGAGGAGCUCGAAAUAGUAAUUUUACAGUCACCCAUCCUAUUAUCGGCUCUAGCGAAAGUUGCACAACUUCCGCAUCAGUUAUUUAAUCUUUUGCCAUUAUUUACUCUGUAAUAAGUAAUUAUAGUGGUGUUAUUGUCGCUUAACCACAAUGCGAGUAGCCCCGGAGACAGUGCAGCACAUUUGGCAUCAGGAAGACGCAUAUACUACGGCUACGAUGCUGAAAUUCAGAAAUACCCUCACGCAGUAUUCCUACAUUUUCAUGGUACCAGGCCGUCAUCGUGCGGGUCAUCUUUGGUGACAACGCAGGCUGUGUUGACGGCGGCCCACUGCGUCGACGAGCUGAGAUAUGAGAGGGGCGCGAUGCAUGCCUACUUGGGUGCCCUUGUUCCGAGAAUGGCGACAGUGGUUAAACAGGUGGUCGGCUACAUGAUACACCCCGAGUAUAACGAACGACGCGGUAGUCUCAAUAUAGCUGUCGCAUUUUUUAAUAGCCGCGUGGCUCUGUCGGCCACGAUUCAGAGGAUAUCCCUGGCCAACAUUAAUCCACCAUCGGACAGCAUCGUAUUUUCCGUCGGAUGGGGCAGACAAAACAUCAAUAAGUACAAGACGCCGACGCAGCCGAUGCUCCGCAGCUUGCAGGCAUCUAAGCAACGUGUGGUGAACAGGAUGACGUGCGCCAACGACUCGCAGUACCGCGUCACCGCAAGCGUGCUGUGCACCGUACCGGUCAUGGGACACAUGCACAUUGAUGAUUCCGGCGACGGGCUGGUGCUGAAGUCUACGAAGAAGACGUUGUGUGGCGUGCUGUCCCACGUGGUGCACGGCGUCAACGUGUACACCGGCGUCACCAGAAAUAAGGACUGGAUUAAGAAGGCCUGCUACACACUAUGCCAAGCACACUGCACUGAUCAUCUUAUAUAA